AACAGUUUACGUGGAUAAUAUUGUUGUAUUCAUCUAAUGAAUCUAUUUUUUUUCUCAAGAAUAUCUUCGAUGAUGUCUCGUACAAUAGAAGAGGAAGGUCAUUGACCUUUUGCAAUUAGAUGACAUCAUCGAGACUAACUAAUAAUUUUUUUCCUCAACUCGUUUCUCAAUUCUCGUUUGCCUCUCGAUAAAGUUGACGGAUUUUUGAGGUUGUUCGUGGCUUGUUUUUUUUUUUUUCUUUAUUAUAUUACACGUAUCUCUUAUAUACACGCACGUUUUCUUUGAACAGUGGUGACGAAGUAAUACUUAGGAUGUGAAAAUAUUUCUCAACAUUGAUAAGUCACGUCAGUCGAAAAAGAUCUUUUUUUAAAGUGACGAAGAGUUUUAAGUUUACAUUAAAUUUUUCCUUUUGUUUUGACGUCGGACUUUUCAUUAUUUGUCAUGGAGAAACAAGAUAUUAUUGCGUUUCAAUCUUACACAGAGAAUAAUAACAUUUACGAGGCUUAUCAAGGCAACAAAGCUGAUAACAAUCUAUUUAAUCUUGAUGCCCUAUUGGCGGAUUUACAAAACACUGUAUCGUCCGAAGGAAAUCACGUCAGCAACAACGCUACACCCGGUUACGGCUCGUUAAAUGGUGCAAGAACGCAUAACACGAAUGCAUACAGAUCGUACGAAACUAGGACCUCUCCAUUACCGUCGCAAUCGCCGACUUAUCAAAAUCGUGAAGCAAUCGAGGAGACAAUUACAAAAUCAUCGAGUACAACUUACACGCAAAAUCCAAGCACAGGUGGGAAGAUGCCAUCGUUGAACAAUAAUCUUUCGGAAUUGGACACGUUGCUUCAAGAUUUGAGCAAUGCACGUUACAAUUCUCAUUAUCACGAAAGAGACAGUCACGUAUCAACGGGGGGUGUUAAUGGGGGUACAACUAGUCCGAUGCUUCGUUCACCGAGUAGUAUGUCAGCCCCUCGCCCCACCGUCGAUGCUUUGCUCGAGGAACUUAACACAGCUGUGCCUAAUGGGGAAUAUCCCAGCGAUGGUAGAGUCAAGGUCACCAUACAAGAAACUUCAACAGAAAUUCAACCAGUCUAUGAUGGUUAUCCUUCGAGUCAGCAUGGUUCCUUGAAUCGAUCUGAGAUUCAACAGCGUAGUUAUGCCAACGGUCAUACUGCCAGUAAUGCAACGAAAGAGCUUGACGAUUUGAUGGCCUCCCUUUCCGAGUUCAAGAUAAAUAGCAGUUCACAUCAACAUCAAACGGUGACCGAUUCUCCAUACGCUAAGCCAAAUAAAGCUACUAAAAGUUCUCAAAGCCCGUUGCCACCGGCUGAGGGUACCACACAAACGAGAAUACACAUUACAGAAACUCAAUCAACACAUCAUUAUCAGCAACAACAGCACGGUGAAAGUCAUACUGCACAAGCGGCAACACAAAUCAAACAGAAUCAAUUGGAUUCUAUGCUAGGAAAUCUUCAGGCAGAUAUGAGCCGUCAAGGUGUUAACACUACGCAAAAGGGAUGCUGCAAUGCCUGCGAAAAACCGAUCGUAGGACAGGUAAUCACGGCCUUGGGUAAAACCUGGCACCCUGAACAUUUCACAUGUACUCAUUGCAAUCAGGAAUUGGGUACACGUAACUUUUUUGAAAGAGAAGGACACCCAUAUUGCGAACCCGAUUAUCAUAAUCUUUUCUCACCGCGUUGUGCUUAUUGCAAUGGUCCAAUUCUCGAUAAAUGCGUAACCGCUCUGGAAAAAACUUGGCACACGGAACAUUUCUUCUGUGCCCAAUGCGGCAAGCAAUUCGGUGAGGAAGGUUUUCACGAACGUGACGGAAAGCCAUAUUGUCGGGAAGAUUUCUUCGACAUGUUUGCACCUAAAUGCGGUGGUUGCAAUCGUGCCAUCAUAGAAAAUUAUAUCUCUGCUUUGAACAGUCAAUGGCAUCCGGAUUGUUUCGUUUGCAGAGACUGCAGGCAAAAGUUUCAGGGAGGGUCCUUUUUCGAUCACGAAGGAUUACCUUAUUGCGAAACACAUUAUCAUGCUAAAAGAGGGUCACUAUGUGCUGGUUGUCAUAAACCAAUAACAGGACGCUGUAUAACUGCCAUGUUCCGAAAAUUCCAUCCAGAGCACUUCGUUUGUGCAUUUUGUUUAAAACAAUUGAAUAAGGGUACAUUUAAGGAACAAAACGAUAAACCAUACUGCCAUGGGUGCUUUGACAAACUUUUUGGAUAAAAUCGUCUUAUAAAUAAAUAAAUAUUGUUAACAUUCUCGUUAUUUAUACGGUGAUAGAGCGAAAGGCUGUUUUUUUUUUUUUUUAUAAUGGAGAUCUUAUCCUGGGGAAAAAGAAGAGAAAAAAAAAAUAAAGGUACCAUUUGAGGAAAAACAAAAAGAAAAGGGAAACUCAUACGAAGAAUUAAUCAUUCGUAUAAUAAUUAUAAAGUGAAAAUAGUAGAUUCGAAUCAUUGAUA